UCGGUGAGUCAGCGGCUCCCUGAUCCUACCGGGAGGGGACAGCGCUGGAAGAGCUGGGUCGGGGGUGCCCUGCGCUGCUGCUGAGGCCGGGUCUGCAGCGGAGCGAGCGGGUGCGAUCGCGCUUGCGUUACGCCGAGGGAGCAGCGCUAGAGCCGGGAGCGAGAAUCCCGGGGCGAGUCCCGCCUUCCUGGCCCGGGCCCCUCCCAGUUCCCCCCAGCGCCUGCCGCUUCCUGGUCCCCGAAGCAGCCAUGGCUGAAGAGCAACCACAGGUCGAGUUGUUCGUGAAGGCUGGCAGUGAUGGGGCCAAGAUUGGAAACUGCCCCUUCUCCCAGAGACUCUUCAUGGUGCUCUGGCUCAAGGGAGUCACCUUCAACGUCACCACCGUUGACACCAAGAGACGGACGGAGACGGUGCAGAAGCUGUGCCCAGGAGGGCAGCUCCCGUUCCUGCUCUAUGGCACCGAGGUGCACACAGACACCAACAAGAUUGAGGAGUUUCUGGAAGCAGUGCUGUGCCCUCCCAGGUACCCCAAACUGGCAGCUCUGAACCCUGAGUCUAACACAGCUGGGCUGGACAUAUUUGCCAAAUUUUCUGCCUACAUCAAGAAUUCAAACCCAGCUCUCAAUGAUAAUCUGGAGAAAGGGCUUCUGAAAGCCCUGAAGGUUUUAGACAAUUACUUGACCACCCCUCUCCCAGAAGAAGUGGAUGAGACCAGUGCUGAAGAUGAAGGUGUUUCUCAGAGGAAAUUUCUGGAUGGCAACGAGCUCACCUUGGCUGACUGCAACCUGCUGCCAAAGCUCCACAUAGUGCAGGUGGUGUGUAAGAAAUAUCGGGGCUUCACCAUCCCAGAAGCCUUUCGGGGAGUUCAUCGGUACUUAAGCAAUGCCUAUGCUCGGGAAGAAUUCGCCUCCACGUGUCCAGAUGACGAGGAGAUUGAACUGGCCUAUGAGCAAGUGGCCAAGGCCCUCAAAUAAGCCCCUUUUGGGGAACCCCUUGCCCGCUUGGAUUGUCUCCACAAAGGCCCUGGGUGCUUUUCACAUUGCCACCCAAUGGACAAACUCCAGAAUGGCCAGGGGAUAGGGAAUCUGGGAGCAUUUGUGCAGGGCCGGGGUAGGGCAAUGAGAUGAAAGCGUGAGGGACUGGGGCGAGAUUUUUAUUGUGGGUGGGAUGGGUAGGACAACGUGUUUCAGUAAUAAAAUACAGAAUGAAAAUCUA